AUGAAUAAAAAUAAUUCUAAAAUUCGUGUAUGUGUUAUUGGAGCUGGAGUUUCUGGGCUACCAUCAAUAAAAUCUUGUUUAGAAGAGGGUUUUUCAGUUGUAUGUUAUGAAAAAACAGAUGAACUUGGUGGUUUAUGGAAUUAUCGUGAAAAAAAUAUAUAUGACAAUGGUAUGGUUAUGAAAAGUACAAUUGUCAAUACAUCUAAAGAAAUAAUGUCGUAUUCUGAUUUUCCACCACCUGAAAACUAUCCUAAUUUUAUGCAUAAUACACUUGUCCAGAAAUACUUAAAAGAUUAUGCUAAAAAAUUUGAUUUAUUAAAAUAUAUCAAAUUUAAUACACCAGUUAAGAAAGUUGAAUUAAAUUCAAAUGGUUAUAAUGACUAUGAUACAUGGAAAAUUACUUUAUUUAAUGAUAAAAUUGAAAUAUUCGACAAAAUUAUUUUAUGUACAGGACAUCAUUCAAAACCACAAUAUCCAGAAAAUAUUAAAGGUAUGAACCAUUUUAAUGGAAAAAUAAUGCAUGCAAAAGAAUAUCGUGAUUAUAAAGGAUUUGAGGAUAAAGAUAUAUUUAUUAUUGGAAUUGGAAAUUCAGCACUUGAUAUUGCUGUUGAGUUAGCUAAAAUUGCUAAAAGUGUUACUAUUUCAACAAGAAGGGGAUCUUGGAUUUUUAAUAGAUGUAGUCAAGGUGGAAUGCCAUAUGAUAUAUUAUUAAUGAGUAGAUUAUACCAAAAAACUAUGAAUACAAUACCAUGGAGUGUUGCUAAUGAUUUUAUGGAACAUAGAUUACAACAAAGAAUGGAUCAUGAUCUUUAUGGUUUAAGACCAAAUCAUCGUUUCUUUCAACAACAUCCUACAGUAAAUGAUGCUUUAGCUAAUCUUUUAUUAUCUGGAAUGAUAACAAUAACUGAAGAUAUUGAUUUUAUUGAAAAAGAUGGAAUUGUUGUAAAAAAUGGAAAAAAAUUUAAUUGUGAUAUAUUAAUAUUUGCAACUGGUUAUACAUUUUCAUUUCCAUAUCUUGAACCACAAAGUAUUAUACCAAUAAAUAAUCAUGUUGUUGACUUAUAUAAAUAUAUUUUUCCGUUAAAUUAUCCACAAUUGGCAGUAAUUGGAUUAAUUCAACCAAUUGGAUCAAUUGGUCCUAUCUCUGAAUUACAAAGUAGAGUUGCUUGUCAGGUAUUUGCUAAUAACAUAAAACUUCCAUCAAAAGAAAAACAAAUUAUGGAUAUAGAGGAAAAAAGAAAAAUUAUAAAAAGAAGAUAUUUUGAAAGUAAUAAACAUACAAUUCAAGUUGACUAUAUUCCAUAUAUGGAUGAACUGGCAGAGAUGAUUGGAUGCAAACCACCCUUAAAAUAUUACUUUUGGAAUGAUUUUAAAUUUUUUUUAAGACUUUAUAUUGGAGCAAAUGUACCAUAUGUCUAUCGGUUAACUGGACCACACAGUUGGGAUGGGGCAAAAAAUGCUAUUGAAAAUGUUCCUACAAGAGUUAAGAAACCAAUAAAAAAUCGAGAAUGUAGAAUACGUAAACAUAAACGUCGUGGUGUUAUAAAUGAAUACUUUCGAUAUAUUUCAAUGAAAUGGAUUGCUGGUUAUUCAGCAUUAAUUUUAUCUACUGGUGUAUGGGUUUUUUGUUUUGGACCUACAGGAAUUAAUUUAAUGUCAUACUUUUUUUCAGUUUUUAUAUUUUUAUUUAUAUUCAGCUUCAUGUUGCUAUGGUUUGACAUUCAAUAUGAUAUGACAACAAUUUUUUAA